CAAACCGCGAUGAAUGAUAUAUUUGCUAUUUUUUGGCACACAGCAUAUGCUGAUUUUUACGUACGAUAAUCAUUAGCGGAGUUUCGAUUCGGAGUUUAGGAUCAGAAAGGGAGUGUCUCUCUCAGAGAGAUCUCUCUGCUUUUCAAACUCGGAUUUUUGCAGAUCUCUCUCUCUCUCUCUCUUCGCGUUUCCGAUUCCUCGCGUCCGUGUCAGCCAUGGGUCUCUGGGAAGCUUUUCUGAAUUGGCUAAGAAGCCUCUUUUUCAAGCAGGAAAUGGAGCUUUCUUUGAUAGGGCUGCAGAAUGCUGGAAAAACUUCUCUUGUAAAUGUUAUCGCUACUGGUGGAUAUAGCGAAGACAUGAUACCAACGGUGGGAUUUAAUAUGCGGAAGGUGACUAAAGGCAAUGUCACCAUAAAGUUGUGGGAUCUUGGAGGUCAACCAAGAUUCCGUAGUAUGUGGGAGAGAUACUGUCGUGCAGUUUCUGCUAUAGUUUAUGUUGUGGACGCUGCUGACGGUGAUAACUUCAGCAUUUCAAAGAGCGAACUCCAUGACCUUCUGAGCAAGCCAUCAUUGAGCGGAAUCCCAUUGCUCGUAUUGGGCAACAAGAUUGACAAACCCGGAGCCUUAUCCAAGCAAGCUUUGACUGAUCAGAUGGGACUGAAAUCAAUAACUGACCGAGAGGUUUGCUGCUUCAUGAUCUCUUGCAAAAACUCUACCAAUAUCGACUCUGUUAUCGAUUGGCUCCUCCAGAAACUCAACCGCCGUCUCGCCAAAAAGGCCGCCAAGGAGCCACCGCCGCUCACCGACGCCCAGAAACAAACUCUGGCCGAGGACUCCCACUUCCACGCCGUCAAAUCCGAGUACAAAAGAUUCAACAGAACUAUAACCGCAAAAAAUGAAGGGAAACUAAUGGGACGGCCGUGGGAGCGACUUGAGAAGCUUCAAUUGCAGGAAUUUUCAAGUGAAAAUAAGCAGUAUUUUGGAGACAAGUUAAAGGACGAGCCUCUCAGGGAACUCGGCGAUAUUAUCGAGUGCGAAAGAGAUAAGUUCCGGUGGCUUCUGGAUGCCGACGUUGAGAUUGAAGAAGGAUGGUUCGAUAAUCAGAGGUCUAAUUGGGUCCCGCCAAAGCGCCGAGGAGGCGAAGCUGAGGCAAUUCGAUUUCUCAUUAACAAAUUGAGUGGUACUGAAAUAGGUUUGAAGAAUUAUAAGUUUUCUCGGAUGAUGAAACAUUCUGGACUGCAGUUUACAGAACGGCAAAUGCUGAGAUUAGUGGAAGGUCUCGGGGACAGAGGACAGUGGAGACAUGCAUUAUCUGUUGUUGAAUGGGUUUACAACAUGAAGGAGUAUAGACAUUUCAAAAGCAGGUUUGUUUAUACGAAGCUCUUGGCAGUUCUGGGAAAAUCUAGGAGGCCUCAUGAAGCUCUUCAAGUGUUCAGUUUGAUGAGAGGGGAUGCCCAAAUAUAUCCUGACAUGGCUGCCUACCAUAGUGUGAGUGUUACACUUGGCCAAGCUGGUCUUCUGAAAGAGUUGAUCAAAAUCAUUGACUGCAUGAAGGAAAAACCCAAGAAAAUAAAAAAUCUGCGGCGCAAGAACUGGGACCCUGUACUUCUACCAGAUAUUGUCGUAUAUAAUGCUGUUUUAAAUGCUUGUGUUCCAUCCCGCCAAUGGAGAGGAGUAUUUUGGGUCUUUCAGCAGCUAAGGAAGAACAACUUGAAAUCCACUGGAGCAACCUAUGGACUUGCAAUGGAGGUGAUGUUGCAAUCUGGGAAGUAUGACCUUGUCCAUGAGUUCUUUGAGAAAAUGAAAAGAAGCGGGAAUGCCGUGAAAGCUAUUACUUAUAAAGUUCUCGUUAAAACCUUUUGGGAAGAAGGAAAAGUCAAUGAAGCCAUUCAAGCAGCAAGGGAAAUGGAACAAAGGGGAGUUGUUGGAGGAACUGCUUGUGUGUAUUACGAACUGGCUUGCUGCCUUUGCUAUCAUGGAAAUUUGGAAGGUGCCUUCUUAGAGAUUGAAAAGCUGAGAAGCCUCCGCCGGAUUAGACCUUUGGCAGUUACCUUCACUGGGAUGAUAUUGUCUUCUAUGGAUGGUGGACACGUUGACAAUUGUAUCUCUAUAUAUGAGCACAGUAAAAACUACUGUGAACCUGACAUUGGAAUCAUAAAUGCCAUGCUGAAGGUUUAUGGCCGUAAUGAUAUGUUUCUUGAAGCCAAGGAAUUGUAUGAGUUGACGAAGAAAGUUGAUGUUGAUUCUCAAAUUAGCCUUAGCCCAGAUAUUUACACAUUCAGUUCAAUGCUUGAAGCAUCUGCUCGUGCUCUCCAGUGGGAGUAUUUUGAGAGUGUCUACAAGGAGAUGUCCCUAGUUGGAUAUCAGCUUGAUCAAAAGAAACAUGCAUACCUGCUGGUGGAUGCAUCAAAAGCUGGGAAGGGACAUUUACUAGAUCAUGCAUUUGACACAAUUUUAGAAGCUGGUGAGGUGCCUCAUCAAUCUUUCUUCACUGAGAUUUUGUGUAAUGCAACCUCACAGUGUGACUAUGAAAGAGUUUUCACCAUUAUCAACAUGCUGGCUAUUGCACCAUUCCAAAUCAGCAAACAAGAGUGGGUUGAGCUCUUUGACAAUAACAGAGACAGGAUUAUGAGUGCUGAUUUGCAAGAAUUGUUGGAAACACAAUGCAAACAGGGUUCGAGAACAGAACCUACAAUAUUAAAUCUGUAUAGAGCGCUACAAUCUCUCUGUAGAGUCUACGAUUCAAGCCACACAAGUUCAAGGGGUGGUAGUGAUUUGAAACCUAGUAAUGAUGGAAGUCCUGUGUUCAUCACUUCUGCAAAAACAGCCACUCUCUACUCUUCCGAGAAAGCUCAACUUAGUAUCAGUGGAACAAUUGGCAGUAAUGAUCAUGGUGAUGAGAGUGUUUUUCCAAGCACAAUUCUCGAGCAUUUCGAUGAAGAUGAUCCAAUGUCUGAUGAUUGUUUCGAUGAAUUUGAUGAGUUAAAUGUGGAGUUACCUGGAAGUGAGGAUGAUGAAGAAGAUUCACAUGUAACAGAGGUGCCUUCAGCACAUGAGAUACUGGAGUCCUGGAAGGAAAUGAAGAAAAAAACUGACUUCUUUUCCCUUUCAAAUAAGCCACUAGUGAGAUGAAACUCUUUUAAGCUUACUUUGAACAUAGUUAUAGGCUUCUUGUAGAUUAAAUAGUAUCAACAGCAUCAGAAGUUUCACAUUUGGAUAGUGGCAAUGGACUCUCAUAAAUCAAAGGGAUGUAUCUAUCUUGUAAUACAAUAUUAUUUUAAUCUUUCUCUUAAAAAAAAAAAAAAAAAAAAAAA